AUGGACUGGACGUCCUCCAACAACGAUACCAAUGCUCUUACAGCCACAGACAAGACUCCGAUCGAGGAGCUUCCAUUUGAGCUACUACAACAUGUCUAUAGCUACAUUGGUCUCCCAUUACGAUGCAUCCAUCACUCGACAUAUGACAGAGUGAUUAUCAUGACGAAGACGACCUAUGGUCACGACAGGAUACUGAUUGUGGACCAUGAAGACCUUGCCAGGUCUCUGUCCUUGAGCAAGCUAUUGCAUGACAGGAUUGGCUCGUUGAUGCACAGGAAGGUUCCGCUGCAUUUUCAGGUCAACAUGGUCGUGAAGAGAAGCACAGAUGGCAUGGAGGCUGAAGUGGCACAUUCAUCACUUGCUGAUGUGAUCCCUCUAUCUACUCACAAGGUUGUGAGAAAUGGACGGUCUGAGAUUGAAGCUAUCAGCACCAUCCACUCUCGUGGAGUUUUCAUUCACAUCGAUUGCGAUGCGACAUCGUUCUCUUUGGAUCCUGUGGAACAGGAGGAUGAUCUUAUCAGCAACCUGGACGAGCCUUCUCAAUUCGACUGGAUCCACACCACUGGCUGUGAUGAUCUUGUUGAAGGAAACGAUUGGGCGGACGAGUUUGGAAACUACGAGUCCCUCGACUCCGCAUUCACCCUUGAUACUUUCACUGCCUCCGACACUCUAAGCACUGUUACAGAACAGAACGCCCAUCAGUGGAUGCCAUCCUGGGACAGCGAUGACGACCGUCAAGAAUCAAAGGGGCCGGGCUCGAACAACGAAGAAGAGAUCAAUCGCCAUAUCGUGUCUUCGUUUGACUUCGAGGGCUUGCGUCAGCGCCUCAUUCUAUGUCACAACACAGAAGACCUGGCGAUCAUUGUGAACACAAGAAUCGACGAGCACGGUCAUCAGGAGCAAGAAUUGCACACAGGUCGGACGAACAUCUUCCACGACGCAUUGAUCCAGAUUGUCGAGCAGAUGCCAAGAUUGAGACGGUAUGCUGUCCGCGUCAAUCGAUUCACGGCAUUCGGGUCCCGCCAGAGAGGCCAGGCAUGGACGGACACCGGGGUGGAGAGAGUCUCUCACCAAGGUGGAUACGAGGACGGGUACGGAACGCUCCUGGACGGUUUGCACGUCCGUUACGAACCAACGGGGAGGUCAGGCAACUGUGUCUGCGGCUGCGUCGGCGCACAGAAGACUGACGAGGAGAAGGAGUAUGCUGGUGGACCAGUCGCCUUUGACUUUUGGUGA